GUAUGUUUGAUACGGAUGGGAACGGUGUUAUUGAUUUUAACGAGUUUGCUGGAUUAUGGCAAUAUGUUUGUGACUGGCAAGACACAUUUCGUAGUUUUGAUUUGGAUAACUCUGGAACAAUUGACAAGAAUGAAUUAAAAGCAGGUAUACCUAUGUCUGGUUGUCUGUGCGACGUAUAAAUCCUCGUCUCCUUAUAUUUGCACAGUUUUCAAUUACUGCACAUGCGCACACCUCUCCUCGAUCCCCAGAGAUUUUACGCGCGGUACAACCUCUUAUCCAUCUUACCACCAAAAGGACGACACAAGUGGUACUUUUAUACAAACGAUUUUAAAAGUUUGCAGAAUUUCAACAUCACGCACUUUACAAAGAAUUGUCAGGUGUAAAUUUACUAAAAAAUAUCGGGAUGUCAAGUCCGUAACGUAAACAAAUCCUUUCUUUACAUUUUGAACUGCUAUAAUUGUAAAAUAAGACAUACUAACUGAAUAUCUAACACUUUUCUGUUCGUAAAUGAAUCUAAACUAGAGUACGUUUAAUUUCAAUUCAAAAAAGGUCGAAAGAUGAAAAAUUUUGGCAAUGUUUAUUAUAUCUGUGGGUCCCCCUUUGUUAUGAGCAGAACUGAUCGGCGCAGAACGGACUUGACAUGGUCUUUAAAUUUUAUCCUAUAGUAUAAAAAACACUGAUAUAGUUAUCUUACAACAACUAAAUGUUUUCUUUAUGUUAUUUUAGCACUACAAACCUUUGGUAAGUUAUAUUUUUUGUUACAGAUCAACAUUGUAGUAAAGGAAUUAAUCUUCCUUAACAGUCUUGACAAGUGAAAUUGUUCGACAGAAUAUAUGACAGAACUCUGGCUAGAGCUCCGCAGCGCGCACUAACCACAUCAUGUUGCACGUUUAACCCUUGUAUUUCUUUAAGAAGGUCGGUGACCCUACUUCUUUGUUUUAUAUUUUAAUUUGUUCUUAUACGUUUUUUACAUGUCAUAUCAGAAAAUAAGACGGUUGAGCAGUUGCGAUCUUUCCUGUAACUCGUAAAAGAGUCAAGAUGGCGCGCUAUGGGCAAAUGGUGGUAUAUAAGCAUUUGUCAUAUCUUCGAAACGAGUUCGGUGACACCAAUGUUUUUUUCUAUUUUUACUAUGAGCAUAUCAUAAACUUCGCCCCUGGGAAGUUUCAGCAAAUUUUCAUUUUCAGAACAAUUAUAUACUAACGAGACACCUUUUAUGGAGUAGAUAUACAAUUGAAAGUUCUUAUUCAUUCAUUCUCAAUUAGGAUUUAACCUGUCAGAGAGCUUUUAUGGUGUCUUAAUUACAAAAUUCGAUCGCAGUGGUCGUGGUGAUAUUCGCUUUGAUGAUUUCAUCCAGUGUUGUGUUGUAUUACAGGUAUUAGCAGGGUGUUUCUCGUACUUAUGCAUGCAAUGAAAGUAUACCAAUAUAAGCAAAUUCAGAGUUCCACCGCCCAUCCAAAUCACGCGUUCUGCGUAGGGAUAAAUAGACUUGCUCGAAGUCUCUCUUUCAUUGUCAUAUCGAUCCACUAUAGUGUACAUUACAUGACGUAGCAUGGAGAAGCGGAGCGAGAAAGAGAGACUUGUCAACUUCGGAAAAUCUCGGUUCAAAACUGAACCGAAAAUACAAGACUUGCUUUAAUUGUUUUCCUUCAAUUUCUUUCUGUAUUAUUUACUAUAAUGGAACUCAUGUUAUUUACACUGUGCUAGAUCAAUACAUAUAAACACUGACAGAAAACAAUUAAAGCAUGCAAGUCUUGCAUUUUCUGUUCAGUUUUGAACCGAGAUUUUCCGAAGUUGACAAGUCUCUCUUUCUCGCUCCGCCCCUCUGUACUACGUCAUGUAAUGUACACUAUAGUGGAUCGUUACGUACUGUAUGACAAUGAAAGAGACACUUGGAGCAAGUCUAAGGGAUAAAUAGCAGUUGAACUAUUUUAAUUUAAUUUAAUUUUUAAUUUUAAUUUCAUAAAUUUAUUUGGAUCAAUAAUACUCUACAUACAAGAUAUUAUCAAUACAGUUACAUAAAAAAUAAUAACUUGAAGAUCCAAAAAGGCAAUGCGAACGGGACACGUGAAAAAAAACAUGCAAGGCACCUGUGCCAAGAAUUUAGAUUUUGUGUACUUAAAUGUUACACUUGUUACUAUAUACUCAUGUAUAUUUAAAAUUCUUGUAUGGAAGACAUGCGGAAAGAUAAAUAAGAUACACAAACAGGCAGCUAUGCCCUGUGGCAAAGACAGUCGCAUGCUUGAUAAGGACAACGUGCAGGACAAAUCAUCAUCAUAAACGCAUCUGAAGAAGAUAUGAGAAUAUAGUUACGCUUAACUAGAAAGGUUGUAAUGGCCUCUGUAUAGCUCAGUUGGUUAGGGCCGUAGGUUCAAUUCCUACCAGAGGACCUUUACGUGCUGCAUUUUUCGCAGUCGUUCCUGGUUAGGUCUUAAAAUGUAUAUAUUCUCACUUGGAUUACAAACCCUAACAUUCUAACAUGCAAAAGUAAUGGGACUGGAGAAAAUGUCAGGAUCAACAUCCUUACACACUCUGUUCCAGGGUUUGACUAUACUGUUAAAGAAAGAUGAUAUUGAAAAGUAGUAGUUCGACACAUAGGAUUUUGAAGGACAACACUGGCGACUUGGCUGAGUCUAACCGUACGGCCAUGUCCAACGAAAGUCACAAACUAUAUAGCACUGAUGUAUAGCUGUGAGUGGAAGAAUUAGAAUAUGCAUAUCAAAGCGUUCAACUAUAUUUAAUGUGAUGUGUAUGUGAUGAUGACUUUCUCUUUUAUACAUACAUAUUUAUACAAAUGAAGAAUAAGUUUCUCAGCCCCCCUCAUUACACAAAAAAUUUCGACGCCCCCUCCCCCCCCCCCUUGUCCCUGGCAAUUAUUUUGGAGGCCAACCUUAUCAGGCAAAAAUUACCCCAUCCCUAAAUACCUUUAAAAUGAUUAUUAAACAAAGAAUGCUUUGAAACUAUAGCUCAUUAAUAUUUUCAUUUUUGAAUCUGUAUAGGUGAUGUGCAACCAUUCCCAUGGGAUUCAAAGGACAAUGAGAUUUUUGUCAAAAUCCUUUGUUAUCCAACAUGGCGAGGGCGCCGAGGGUGACGUUGCACACCACCUAUAUGUAAUAUGUAUUUUCGUUAUUUCUUAUUUUAAUUAUCUUCUUAUCAUGUAACAUAUACUGCGUAUAACUAUACGUAAAUAUAUGUAUAUGUAAGUGCAGAAUUGCAUACUAGUAAUUUACUACACUGUAAGUAGAGUUGCAAGAUUUUUAAGUAUAAUAUGCCCGGGUUACAACUCCCCACACCAAUGCACCCAUGACUACAGUAUAGUUAAGCACUUGAUAUUACUCUCACAUAAACUACUGUAUCACAUCAAAAGUAUCCUCUAACUUUUUAGACUUUGACAAACGCUUUCAAACAACAUGACCACAACUUGAAUGGUUGGAUAAGAGUUAGCUACGAGCAGUUUCUAACCAUGGUGUUCAACUGCAAAAUGAAGUAAUGUUCAACGUUGCCAUGAAAAAGUAAAAUACCAUAUCAGUUACAGUCACUCAAACAUAUGCUCAUAGACAAGUCGAUGACACUGCAAAUAAUGACCAACUCCAAACGCUAGUUAAAUAGUUCCUUGCUUAUAUAAACGCGCUCUUUAUUUUAGUUACAUAGAUGGCCCACUGCACAUAAUUUACACUAUUGACACUAUUACAAGUAGAUUUUAUAAUCAACGAAAUUCAACGUGUAACAUCAGCAUUUACUGAUUUUCUUUAUUAAAAUCUUGUCGUUUUAGAAAUAGUUACGAUUAACAGUACUUAUGAAUAGGUCAUUCGUAAUAUUAUAAAUAUAACCAAAUUGUUGUUUAUAGGCAUACUAACUACGUAAUUUAGUACCGAAGCAGAGAAUAGAACUGACCAACUGACCAAGGUACGGCUAUAAGUUCUAGAAUUAUCUACAUGAGUGAUCAGUUUUAGUACCUUAGCUUUAAAUUAAGUUCUAUUCCAUCUGCUUCUGUAAACUAGAACAAUAGUAAAGGGAGCAUACUAUAUAUAGUGAGUACCGAGCACUGAUCUAAAAUAAGACUGGAUAAAGCAUCUGCUGUGCAUAUAAGUGAAGCCAAUGGCGGCCAUAUUGGAUGGCUCCACCAUUAAUCUAAUCUGGUGUUGUGGACAUGUUUAACUCGUCCUUUACGUUUUUAGUCACUAGUGGGAAAGGAAAAAUAUUGCCUUAAUAAGAAUUUAAUACUAAUGAGGCUCAUGGCGGCCGCCAUCAAAUAUGGCGGCCAUAAGCCUCAUUAAUACAUUAUGUGGUGUAUAAAACGUUCUAAAACUCUUUCGAAGAUGUUUUGGAAGCUAUAUUCCACAAGUCAAAUAGGCGAUGAUAGCAGUUUAUAUUCUAACUGAAUCGCUAAACAGCAAACGAUUAGACUGGUCAUGAAUUUGACUGAUUUAUAAAUCUCAUCUCAUUAAAAUAUUCUGGCUUCAAAAUCGGCUUACUGAAUUCAGUAGGAUGCUUUAUCCAGUCAUAUUGCAGAUCAGUGGUACGGAGAGAUGACUGAUGGCUGUUGGUGAAAAAAGUUUGGUGUGGUGUCGUAUGUAAGUUUGAUCUCAAAAAUACAAUUGGGCUAGUACAUUUAAGAA